AUGGCCUGCAACAGCCUCUGCCGUCCCUGUGGACCCACCCCACUGGCCAACAGCUGCAACGAGCCCUGUGCCCUGCAAUGCCAGGAUUCCCGUGUCAUCAUCGACCCUGCCCCUGUGCUGGUCACCCUGCCAGGACCCAUCAUGACCUCCUUCCCCCAGAACACCGCUGUUGGAUCCACCUCCUCGGCUGCCGUGGGCACUGAACUCAGUGUGCAGGGACAGCCCAUCUCUGGUGGCUUUGGCUUCGGCCUUGGCUACGGGCUGGGAGGCCUGGGCUGCUAUGGCAGAAGGGGCGGCUACAUCUGCUAA